AUGACCAGCAGCUCAUCCUCAGCCAGAACAUCACCCUCCACCCCGCCACCUCCGUCAAUAUUCUCAGGAGUCAACAAUGUAGUUAAUGGUGGCACUGCCCUGAAACGCACAGGUUCACUUUUUCGAGACCCAUUCACAACUCGUGGUGGCAACAAUAAGCGCGCCAACAAUGACACGGCCAUGUUACUCGACGACGUUUUGCGUACCAACCUCGGCUCCGAUUACCACGAUAUCCAAAAGCGCACAUUGACCCAAUGGGUGAAUCACCAACUCAGUAGUGUGGAUGACCACAUUGACCGUAUUGAGACCGACUUGCGAGACGGCAAACGAUUAUUAAAGCUGUUGUCGGUGGUGUCAGGGCAACAGGCACCCAAACCAGAGCGAAUGAAUAUGCGCAUCCAUCAGCUAUCCAAUGUAUCUCAAGCACUCGGCUUUUUGGAGAAACAAGUGGGAGGCGAUGCAUUACCUGAUAUUGGAAACGAGGCUAUCGUCAAUGGCGACAUCAAAAAGACACUUGCGUUGAUAUUCUUCAUCAUGAUCAAGUAUCAGUUGGGCAUCAUAUUGAAUGAUCAUGGAGACAAUUAUCUUGAUUCAAUAGCUCAAUUAUCGGAUCGUCAGGAACACGCUCAAGAUGAAGGUGAUGGUGAUGAUGCUCUUGCCAUGGCAACACCUAGUCGAAAAUUCAAUUCAGUGGAUAAACCUUUGGGUGAUGCCAAGAUGCGCAAUGACGAUGUUACAAUGACACCAUUACCAGCUCGGAAGCAUCACACACAAUCAGACAAGGCUCAUGGCAACGAUGCAAAGAUGGCAUUGAUGUAUUGGGUACGGAUUCAAUUGGAAGAUUACAUUGCAGCGGAUAUGCUUCCUUCAAUACAAGACUUUUCACGAUCAUGGCGGACUGGUCUCGCUUUUUGCUUGUUGUUACACCGUCAUGACCCGAUGCUCAUCCCCGACAUGCUCAGCAAACGUAUCAAAGCCGACUUGACAGCCAAAGAGACAUGGCAUGAGAUGUUGACAAUGGCCUUUAAUAUUGCACGCGAUCAAUUGGCGAUUCCACAAUUUCUGGAACCUGAGGAUUUGAUUGAUGUCGAGUAUCCUUAUGAGCCGAGUGUGAUGGUCUAUGUCAGCGAGUAUUACAAGGUCAUGUCGAAAACACAGCGGGCCGACACUGAAUCUAUAAGGAGAGACAAAGCUGCACAACGACGGAUAGCCAUUGCCCGAGCCAUGGGUGAUGAGGAUGAUGAUAUUUGUGAUUUAGUACCAUCAACGCCACCCUCACCCAUUCGAUCGCCAUCGCCAACACCACCACCACCACUCCCAGAAAAUAAGGGGCAGGGCAUGAUACAAGAUGCAGCAUCCACCACCAAACAACAACAUCAACAUACGAUCUCCUCCUUAGUGGAAGAUAAAACGCCACAAGAAGCACCUGUACCUGUGCCGAUACCAUCUUAUGCACGACGAAGGAAAGGUGGUCAUCAAAUAGAAUCGACAUUGGCUGAACAAGACAAAGCACGUAUCAAGGCAGAUCUCAAUAGCCGAUUGAUGAUGCAACUCACGGGGCAUUUGCCACGGGGCGUAAACCCUGUAUUGGACCAGCUCAUCAAUAUCCAUGAUACAGUCACCUCCUUCAUCAAAACCAACACACGCACCAUUGAUGAGAUACCUGAAGAGUUUAUGGGUUCUGAAUCCAUUCAAGAGUAUAUGGAAGCACUUGAUAUUAUUCAGGAUCAAGCGGCAUCGGAAGCGGCUUAUUUGGACAUGGCAAAGAAAUCCAGGGACCAGUUGCUAUUGGCAACGACAACGACCACAAAGGAGAAGGAUGACGAGGAUGAGAGCAUGAUACGAUUGACCGAAUUGCAGCAAACUCAAGUGGGACGAUUGUACGACACGCUUGUGAAGGAAUGGAAAUAUUUUGAAGAGUUGCUGCAAAACACCAAAGCUGAUAUGAUGCGGGUGGAAUCAGAAUUGGUCGGCACCGAACAUGGUAUUCGUGUAUAUACGCGUCAGGCAGGCCUGACCCAAACCAAGCUUGAAGCCCUCCUCUUGGAUGUUGCCAAAGUUAUUCCUCCAUCAUCAUCAUCAUCAAGUCAUCCGCUGGACGGAGAUGCUGAUGCCAUGUUGCAGUCGUACAACCAAGCACUCUUACGUGUAGCCUCUGAUAUCCAAACAUUCGACACAACAACGUGGCGUGCGUAUCGUGCCAUGAUGCGAGAAUUAUCACCUUCAGUACGCCAAUCCGUAGCUACGCAACAUGCAGCCUUGCAGCAACGCUACGAGCAACUUGAGGAUGCAUUGAAAAACAGUAAACGGCAUUGCAGCUUAUUCCGACGCGGGGUUACAUUUGCCAAAUCACUUGCAGCACUCGAUGAUACACUUGCUGCUAUUGAUGUCACUGAUAAAUCAACAAAGGAUGACAACAAUGACGACACCAUGUUGGUACAACUUGAGAGCAAAGUGAGCAUGGCACGCAGCAAGUUGAAUGCACUUGAACAAGAAUACGUUGACUUGUUGGAUGAGGAGAAUACGACGUAUCAAGCUGGAUUUGUCAAGCGGAUGAAUGAGUUGCAUGAUCGGUGCACCAAAACAAGCGAGGCAAUUGAAAAAGUGCAACGUUGGAUGAUCGAAGCAAAACGUAUUCGGGAAUGGAUCGAGGCACGUAUCACGAUCCUUAGCAAUACAGCAUCCGAUCCUUUAUGCAUAGACUUUGAUUUGGAAUCACUCCCUUCAUCUCAACAUCAUGACCAUCUUAAGCGUGAAGUGGACCGAUUUAAAGCGGAUGACAUUGCACGUGUAAAAAAGCACCUUGAUGAGCUCAACAGCAAAAGUGAAGUGGGUCCUGUCGAUUCGGCUACCAUGGUUAUUUUGAAAGAGCUGCUUGAUAUGCACCAGCGACUCCUGAAAACGAUGCAGAAUGUGGAUUUAGCUCUCCUCCGUAGCACGUGGGAGCGGCUCAUCUCCAAUGACAUUGCCGACACUAUCAAAAAAGCGCGACUUGACCUGGAUCAAUUUUUGUCGGUGGAUGGUGGUGAGGCACAUUGGACAUCUUCCAGUGACAAGGACAAAGCGAAUCAUGUCAUGGCAACGUUCCAUCAGCUUGUGACUUUUGUUGGCGACAUUGAAAAAUCACUUGCCGAGGCUGCUCAACUAUUUCAAUCCAUGGAAAAGAUGCAUGGUGACCUUCUUCCAGAGCAUAUGGAACAACGACGACUUGACAUGGUGAAUGAUUUUGAGGACAUCUCAUGUCGUUGCCAAUAUGCUCGCAAAGUGGUGGUGGAUCAACAUGUGCCCGCUGUGGAUGUUUUGUUCUCGUUGCAUGAAUUGCUUGAAGUCGAUGUCAACAAAGAUGCACGUCAAUUCAAAUCGGAUGCCACACGUGUGUUACAAGAUAUGGGUGCCAAAAUCGCUUAUCCUGAAGAUGAGCCAUGGAUGGAUGAAGUCGAAGCACAAUUUAAUCAAGAUCGUAACAACAAGCUGCAUGCAUCGCUUCGUGAAUACACCGAUCAAUUAUCUCGGGCUGUUGAGAAGAUGCUGGAUGAACAAUUGUCGUUGCAAGAACGCGUGGAUUUACUUUUGGAGGAUACAUCGGCAUUGAGCACUUGGCUUGAUCAAUGCAGGAAACGCCGAGGUUCAUGGAAGGGCGUUGCUAGGCAACUACAGCAGCUGGAUGGUUACGGACGAUUGAUGGAUCGAGCACGUCGCUUGGAAGAAGAGAUUGAUGAGACAAAUGAUGUAUCCAUUGACCGUACAGCAUUGAUCGAUGCACUUGAACAGCUUGAGAAAAGUCAUGAGCAAUUUCAACGUUUUGUCAAGGAACGGCAGCAAGCAACGAGUCAAUGGGAGCAGUUGGUAUUACCAGUGGCAUACGAUGUGUGGCGCUUUGUUGUCAAGGUCACUUUUGAUCCAUCACGAUAUCAUGUUGAUAAUACUACCGCAUCAUCAUACGGCGAAGAGCUUCGAGAACUUGAAAAGCGUGCAGCAGAUGUUGUGAUUGAGGAUGGAUUAUACAACCCAAAGGAACUCGAGUCUCUUUGCAAAUAUGCCGCAUCUACUCUUGAACAACGCGAAUCAAUCAUGGAAUGGCUUAACAAAGUGGAUCGGCUCAUUGAAAAGGGCAAAAGUGUGCGUGAUCAUCUCGAGGAGGAGCAAGAUGCUGUUGAUGAUGACCAAGUGAUUUGCUUCAAGCGUGCAUUGAGCGACAUGACACUCUUGGAUAGGGCUCCUGAACAAGUGGAUGAUCAUUGGGAAUUGGGUAUCCAUGAGCAUCACACACGUACUCAACACGAGAUUCGAGCCUUUGUCGACCAGAAAAAAUGUGAGCUGCGUGAAAUUGAAACAGCCUUGGAUCGCCUUUACAAUGCACAUCAAAGCUCGGAUAAGCUUAAGCAAUUGGUGGAAUUGUACGACACUGAAGUGACCGAAUUGCGCGAUUGGAUUGCCAAGCACAUGGAUCAGUUACGGCAAUGUCACGUGGAUGCCCUUGCCGAUUUAUCAGAAGCACAACUCUUGGAACGACAGCAAAAGCAUGCACGUUUUGUGGCUGAUAUCGAUCUUUUUGAAGAAACCAAUAUCCACGCGUUGCAAGAAAACAUUACGCAGCUCCAGCAUGAUAGUCUACAGCAAAGAUUGGAUGAAGUAUUGCUCGAUUUGGAAGAACUCAAGUCUCUCAUGACGGCUCAGUCCAACAUGUUUGAUGCUGCUUUAAAGCGUGCUGAUUGGGAGUCUCAAUGUGCUGCAGCCACGAGUCGUCUCAAGGAGAUGUUACAGCGUGUGGGCAAAUCAAAUGAGCUUACAGCUGAUAAUAUUGAGCAACGACAUGAGCAAUUACGUGUCGCUGAAGAGGAGAAGGAAGCAUUUGUACAACAAGAACUGGUUGAGAUUGAUACGGCAUACAAGGCUUUUGGAAAUGCAUUAGUGCAAUGUCAUCGUUCUACCACCACGAUCCCUGUCCAUAUGGAAGCACGCAUGGAUUCAUUGUUCCGCAUGAAACGACGUUUAAGUGAAUCUCUCGAACAACAACUACGCCACGUUGACCAAGCCAAACAACGCAUGGAUUGGCAAAAACAAGUGGAUCGUGUAUUGGAUCAGCUUUCGCAAUAUGAUCAACUCGUUGAAACCUUUGUGCAAGAACAAGCACGUUGGACACCUGAAAGGGACACAGAGACACAUGAUCAGCCAUUGCUUGAACAACGCUACCAGGAGCUCAAAUCUGAGAUCGAUCAAUAUCAGGCCACGCAUGUGAAGAAGCUUUUGGAGGAGAAUGAGCGUAUCGACCAUGAUGCAUCGAUCGAUAAGCAGCAAGCAUUACACAAGGUUGAUUCGCAAUUGACGAAGCACGUGUCUAUUGUGGGUGACAUUACUCGGCAACAUGGCAUGAUUACAGCUUUUAUUUCACAAACGAAUCAACUUGAAGCUAUGGCUAGCGAUAUUCGAGAAGAGUUACUCCGUGAUCAUCGCCAAGAUGGAUUGCAAGAGCGUUUGAAGCAAUUCAGGUCCAAUGUGGAUCAAACGAUCACCAAGGAUAUGCCAUAUCCUGUGCGACAUGCUGAUCAUUUCAAGAUUCAAGAUGAGUCUAUCAACGAAGUCAUCCGAGAUAUGUUGGCAGCCCGAACGCGACGACUUUUUGAGAUGGCUGCUAGCUUGGAGCAACAAUGGGAAUCCAAAGAAUUGAUGACACGCUAUCAAGUGCAAUUGCAAUUGUACAGGAAGCAUGCUCAAGCGCUUGAUGCAUGGAUGAAGGAACGUGCUGAUAUGGUUGCCACACACGAGAAUCUCUUGGAGAAUGCGAACAAGGAGCCUUUGGAAAUGAAGCUUUUGCAACAAGCCAUCAGUGCUCUUGUUGGUUUGGAACGCACCAUGAAAAAGACCCGGGAUAACACAUUCAUCUCUCUUCAAUCUCUGUUUGAGCAUUGUGCCAGUGCUUUUGAUGAUGCAGCGGCCCAUGAGGAGAAUGAGGAUGAAUCAUUGGAUGAAUUUGAUGCCAUUGAAGAGACGCAGCAGACGAUGGAGGAUACAUGGCGUCGAUUACGAGAUGACACAUCCUAUGUUGGAGCUGCCUUGACGAUGAUGUUGGAACCAACAGAGCGAUACCAUCGAUCCAGCAAAUUGUUGACCAUGCUAACUGAAUUGCAACGCACCAUUGAUGAUGCCGACGCGGCACUUUUGAGCGAUGACAACAUUUUCCAAUGGCAGAAAAAGGUUGAUUAUUUGGACAACAAGGUGUAUCAUGACUUGAUGGGUCAAUUGCAACAUGUGCAUAUGCAGCAGCAGCAAUCCAAUCAGGCUGUUCAAAAAGUGGUGCUCUCAACACAACGUCAACUCGAUACGGCUGGUGAAUUGAUCGUUAUGAUUCGUGGUCAUUUGACGUCUUUGUAUGAUACUGUCAACGUGAAUCGCCUUCGCAAGACAUACAGUGAGAAUGCCGCUGUGGCUAUCAACAUGAUGAUGCGUGCUCAAGAUCUCUUUAAGGAUACUUGCACUCAAUUCAACACUGUGACAGCGGAGAAUCGUGUAGCCCAACGGCAUGCUUUGGUUGCAGCUCACAAGGAUGCACAACGACGAUGGACCGAGUGCCGUGAUGCGUAUGAUGAUUUGUGUGGCUACAAUGAUUUUAUUCGUGGUCAAGAGCAUGCUAGCAGUGAGAUUGAUGAACUUCAUGGCCAAGUGGAGGAUGAAUGGAACACGCUUCAAGUUGAGCAGGAGGCCUUGGUACAUCUCGUUGAACGUAUCGAUCGAUGGGUGGAGCGAUAUGAUAUUGUGGAUCAGCUACAACGUGCCCUUGGUAUCAUUCAGCGUGACAUGGAGGAGAAGCGCAAGAUGACGAGUUACAGCAGCAGCACAACGAGCAGCAGCAUAAAGAGCCGAAGCAGCAGUGAUAGUGAAGGCAACAUGCUUGCAGCACUUGACAAGCGUCUCAAUUCAGUGACACGCGAUAUGGAAGAGUUAAUGAAUGAUGCCAAUGAUGACAAGGAGCAUGAUCGAGCCAAUAGCGUUGCAUUUAUUGAGCAUUGUGAGCAUCUCUCAAUUCACAUUUCGAGUCUACGAUCCUCUCUUGUUCAACGUCGUACGGAGCUUGACAAGGCCAAUUUAUUGACUGCCUAUGGUGAUGAGAUCAAACGACACUCUUUAUUAUGCGAAGAACAAAUCGGAGCUCUCAAACAGCAAUCGACAUCCAAUCCAAGCAUUGCUGAAAAGAAACCAGCUGCUAUCCAAACGGUGAUUGGCACUUAUUCUUCGACGCUAUCCAUGGCACGACGUAUACAUACUCGAUGCAAAGACAGCUUGGUCAAGGGCACAUUGGCAGAGCAGGCAAGCAAGCUUGUGGAUUCAUUUGACAUGUUGAAAUCAGAAACGGAUCGAAUGAAACGACCUCUUGAGCGACUGUUGAAUGAUCUUGAUCAGCGUAUCAAUGUGGAAAAUGCCUAUGUGGGUAUUCUGGAUUCUGUAUGCAACCAUGCUCAAGCGGAAGGAGAAAUGCUGGCAUCAUUGAAUGAAUUCAAGGAGACAGUGGCACGCUUUGCACGUAGUGCACGUAUUGCACGUACCAAGGGAGCACUCUUACCAGAUCUUGCAGAAUUUGAAAGGCGCUACAAUGAUAUUGAGACAGCUGUACAAGACUUUUUGGGUAUGGGUAGCAAGAUCAAAUCUGGGUUCCACCGUAUCCAUGGCAUGACGACACGUAUUGCCUCCGUCAACCGAUCCAUGGAUCGUCGUCAAGAUACCAUUAAGCGGGAAUGGGCACGUAUUCGUGUAUCUGCUGAAGAGACCAAGAGCAAGUUACAAGAUACGCAGAUGCGACAACAUGCAAGUGCCAAGCUUGCUGAAGCGAUCCGAUUUGUGGGUGAGCUCAAACACCGCAUUAUGCAGCUGGAUGGCAAGAGCAUGGCUGAGGAGCAACAAGAAUUCAAGGAGAUACAAGAUGCUAUGGCGGAUGGAUUGGCAAAGCGUUUGGUGGAUGCUGACCAGUUGGUUGCUACGGUGGUUGACAAGGAUGGAAAGUUCAAACGACAACGCCAAGAGUUGACAAGUCUUGUACAAGAAUUGGAAGUCUUGGUUAAGGAGCGACAGGAACAAGCUGAAAUGGAAGGCAACAUGGUGCUAUUUAUGGAUAUUCUUGAAAAAAUGAAGGACCAAAUGGCAUGCAUGACACGAUUGAUAAAAGAGAGUAUUACUGCAGCACCACCUUCAUCCGAGAUGGCCAACAAUCGUAUCAGCAAAGGUGAUUUGCAAGGGCAACUACGGAAGCUUGUUCAUGGAUACAAGGAGAUUGAUAUGCGUAUGACUGAGUUGACUGAAAGUGCAAGGAGUGAGGCUCGUAAGCAAUUUAUGGAUUCCUCAGUGGCCAAUCGACUUGAUACAACCCUUGAAGAAUGGGCCAAGGUCCAAGCCAAAGUAACGGCUCGAGAAAAGGAACUUCAAUCUGCCAUUCAGCAACUGGAUCAAGAAUUCUUUACAAAGUUAUCCAUGGCAAAGAGCAUAUCUCCAGGAGGUCGUACGAGUCGAAGACAAACGCCCACACCACCACCUCCUGUUGGUAAUGAGAACAUGAAGAAACCAAGACGACAAAGCAUUCAUCAUCCUCGACGACGUACACCUACACCCACUGCUUCUUCAAAAAAGUAUGUGGCUGAUCCAAAGAAUGAAUUGGAUGUCCAUUUGGGUCGUAUUGUCAAUGAUAGUCCUUAUCGCAUGAAGAUCAAACGUGUCGCUGGUGAGGUUGGCAAAUAUUGGUUUGGUGAUGAACAUCCACGACUCGUCUAUUGCCGUAUUUUACCAAGCAAGGUGGUCAUGGUUCGCGUAGGCGGUGGAUGGUUGGAGUUGACAAAGUUUCUAAAAAAUCAUGAAAUGACUCAACAAUCACGUGCUGCUGCUGCUGCUGCUGCUGCUGCUGCUGCUGCUACCACUACCAAAGGUGAUAUCCAUGGCCCUCCUUCCUCCCCUGAUCACACCAAGCUGGAACCAUUGCCUCCUCCUUCAGCCAUUCAACCUAGCAACAGCCGUGGAUAUGUGGAUGGCGAUCAAUACAUUCGUGUCGAUGAUCAAGGAAAACAAAUGGCUGUCAAAAUGGCCAAAGCAAAGGCAAAUGAUCGCACAACAACAACCAUCAAAAGACCCUCUCGAUUUUCCUCAUGA